AGCCGUGCACAUUCAACACACAUGCACAUAGAUGUUUAUUGAGCAGUGUGGCAAAUUGGCAUCAAUUGGCACCAGAGACGUGACUUGGUACUGCGAUAGCGAAACUUCGUCUUGCACCUCAAUAGAGUAAUUGCCAUGGGAAAAAAGAUACAAAGGCCAGAUGUGUAAUGACUUGUUUGAUUAAGAAGAUAUAUAGUUCGUGUUUCGAUCAUACACGAAGUCAUUUGCUCUAGGUUCUUGAAGCGUCCGCAUCUGCCAUGUUGAAGGUUGUCGUCUGUUUAGCUUUUGUCAUCUUCCUUGCUGAGCUAAGCUGUCAGCAGUCUCCAGACAAUGGUACCAAGCUUCCUGAUGAAGUGUGUAACCUGAGCCCUGAUGCCGGGGUUUGCAAGGCCGCGUUUCGCCGGUUCUACUUCAACCCUACCUCACAAGAGUGUGAGACGUUUAUCUACGGCGGGUGUGGCGGCAACGACAACAACUUCGUCGACAUCGAAGACUGCAAGAAAACCUGUCUUCCGAUGCAGUGACAGAAGUCAAAGACAAAAUGACCCUUACUGAAUUAAAAUAUUGAUAUCC